AUGCUAUGUGAUCACAAACUUGCUAGGGAUUGGGUGUUGAAUUGCGAAUCUGAAAAAUCACCUUCAAUUAGUAUUCAAAAUACAUUUACAGGAGGUACUCUAACAAUUGGAACUGAUAAUGAAGUUUCAACCAGGCAGAUUAAAAGUAAACUACACAAUAUGGAAAGUGGGGAAAUGACUCCUGAUUACUGUGAACUUCUGACAAAACAAUCUGAGGUGGAAGCUCAAAUCCACAGGCAGAGAAUUAAGGAAACAAAUGUUAAAGAAGAUCCAGACUUAAGCUCCAAACUUUAUGGAAAUCUAGCACAUUUUUGUAAUAAGAAUAACAUCAAAGAAAUAAGAAAAAUCAUGAAAUAA